AGAUUUUUAUUAUUUAAUUACUUCACGCUAAUACUUAAGGGAAUAGCUUAUCAAUACAUUUACACAAUGUAUCUCGCUAUUACAAGAAAUAUAAUUGCUCUGAUUUUUCUUCGCAAGCACAUUGUUUUUUAACACGCAAAUAUAAACUCGCAAAACCCUUAAGGGAUUUUAUUAUAACAAAAGACAAAUGACUGCCGUCCUCCACGCAAAGGUUUGAUAUUAGCAUGUACGCGGUAGAUUACAUUCAGACUGUACUGUAGUUACAAAGUUUUUAUAAUUAAAGAAGCACGUUUACUAAGCUGAUUUUCUUUUAAUGCCAAAAAAUUGACUUGACCAGCCAUUUCAAAUUAUUGGCAGUCAUUUUUUUUAAGCACUGUGUUUAUGUUUAUGUCACAAAUUAUGUUAAUUUUUUUUUAAGUUUUAAAUUUACAAAUUAAAAGCAUGGCAGAGCAAAGUUCAGAAGAGGACACAGUUGGUAAUUCCAGAAAUCUAUUUGGAAACACAGAAGCAAAACCUAACAUUGAUGAAUUGCCAGAAGUUGAUCUGAAUUUUGGAGAUUUAGACUUAACAUCACAAGAUGAAAAUGUUCUGGAUGAACUAGAUGAAUUUAUACAGAAGAACCUUGAAGAUAGUUUAGUUAAGGAAGCCUUAAACAAGGGUGUUGAUUUACGUCAAUAUUCAAAGCAGAUUGAAAGCGACUUAAGGAAGGUGGAAAACGAGUCCGUUCAUGAUUAUUAUAGAGAAAGCAAAAAUAUUGCCAGCCUUCAUCAGCAGAUUAAAGCAUGCGAUGGGAUACUAGAGACUAUGGAAAAUAUGUUGAGCAGUUUCCAGGUUGAUUUGAGAAGUAUCAGCUCAGAAAUUCAAACUCUACAAGAACAGUCUUUGAGUAUGAACAUCAAACUGAAGAACAGACAGGCGAUUAAAGGGGAGCUGAGUCAAUUUAUUGAUGAAAUGAUUGUCCCUGAAUCAAUGAUUUUAGCCAUCAAUGAUCUUGAGCCUACAGAACAAACAUUUAUCGAGCAACUUCACGAGCUUAGUCACAAAAUCAAUGUUGUCAAGCAACAGUCAUUCAAAGGUGCAAUGGCGUGCAAUGACGUCCGAGAUGUGUUGGAUAAACUACGGUUAAAAGCAGUGUCAAAGAUACGAGAGUUUAUUCUGCAGAGGGUUUAUCAAUGUCGUAAACCAAUGUCGAAUUAUCAAGUACCACAAAAUGCCCUGCUGAAAUACAGAUAUUUUUUUGAAUUCUUACUGGCACAUCAUCGGCAGGUUGCAAGAGAAAUACGUGAUGAAUAUGUUGAUACAAUGAGUAAAAUAUACUCGGCAUACUUUGGUGGAUACAUCGCAAAAUUAAUGAAGUUGCAGUAUGAAGAGUUAGCUGGCAAAGAUGAUUUGAUGGGAGUGGAAGACACAGCCAAAACGAGAGGAUUCUUCUCUACUAAAACACCUCUGCGAAACCGCUCGACUAUAUUCAGCUUAGGAAGUCGUGGUCAAGUGAUUACUGAUCUGCUAGAAGAACCAAUCAUAGUACCGCAUGCUGCACAGAAGACUGAGAAACGAUAUUCAUUUGAAGCACUAUUUCGAAGCCAACACUUCGCUCUUUUGGAUAAUGCUUGUCGAGAAUAUUUAUUUUUAUGCGAUUUUUUUCUCGUUUCUGGAAACCAAGCAAGUGAAUUGUUUGUCUCCGUGUUUGGAAAAGUUGUUACUUUCUUUAUGAAACACAUGAGCAGUUACGUAGUCACGUGUUUUGAUGGGAUUGCUGUCUUUCUCUGCAUUCAUAUUAUACAUCGGUACAAAAUUAUCAUGCUGAAAAGAGACGUUCCAGCCCUUGAAAAAUAUUGGGACACGCUUUUGGAUAUGUUAUGGCCACGAUUCAUGAAGAUUAUCGAGAUGAACACGUCUAGUGUAAAACAGACUGAUCCACAAAAACUCGGAAACAUAGAUGUCCAGCCACAUUAUAUCACAAGAAGAUAUGCAGAAUUUUCAGGAGCUAUUAAUAGUCUUAACGAGAGUUUUCCAGACGAAAGGGUAUUAAAGUGUCUGAGUAAUCUGCAAAGAGAAGUGGAGAAUUUUAUUUUAAGAAGAGCAUCAGAAUUUGUGAAGAGAAAAGAUCAUUUAGUUUUUCUUAUCAACAAUUAUGAUAUGAUGCUUCAAGUCAUAUCUGAAAGAACGAAUGAUGAUUCAAAAGAAAGUGAUAGCUUCCAACAAACGAAGAAUACCAAAACACAAGAAUAUGUCGAAGAGGUGUUAACGCCGUAUUUUGGAGGAAUGAUGUCUUUUGUAAAAGAAACGGAACCUAUGCUUGAGAAAGGACAAGCUAAUUAUAUACGCGUGAAUGAAGGUCGAGUGGAGCAGUUGAUUCGUGAUUUCGCUGUGAAUUGGAAAGUGGCAAUCGAAAAUAUGAACCAAGAAGUGAUGAGAUCGUUCUCCAACUUCAAAAAUGGAACAAAUAUUUUGCAGGCCGCACUGACACAACUUAUUCAAUACUACCAUCGCUUUCAGAAAGUGUUAUCUCAACCACCUUUCAACAGACUAUCAUGCCGAAGUGAUCUUAUUAACAUACACCAUGUGAUGGUUGAAGCGAAGAAACACAAAACAACUUUUUAAAUUACAUCUCACUCUUAGUGAUCUGUUCGAAAGAGAAUGGAGUUGCACUUUAGUUAGCAACGCUACACAAACCCUACUGAACUGAAGUUCCAUUGUGAAUGGAAAUUCUAAAUUUAGCGAAACACGAGACAAUAAUUAUUUUUGUAUAUAUACUGGAAUAAAUUCAAAUACCACAAUACAGUACAUGUACUUGAACAGAA